AUGGCGGACAGCCGCCAGCGCGCCCACAGCCCGGAGUCACACGGCGCCGGCAACGCCCGUUGUCCUGGAGCUCGGCCUCUGGGACCGCCUCACCCUCCCGUCGAGGGUCCCCCCUGCCGGGCGACUCUGCUGUGCCCGCCCGCCCUCCCGCGCCCUCCGCCCGGCGGCGGCGCCCUGGGAGCGAGCUGUCCGGCGCAGCCCCUUUUGGCAUCGAGGCCUCCAGGUGCCCAGCACGGAGGCGGAGCCCGGCUACAGCCGCCUCCCCGGCGCCACGGACAGGACCCCCGGGAGCUCGUGGCCCCAACCCUGAGGCUCCGGCGGCGGCGUCCCCAGCCUCCCGGGCUGUCCGCUCCUCCCUCCCUCUCCGCGCGCCGGGCGCGAAGCCGGAGACCCACGAGCAGAGCGCAGCGCAGCGCAGAGCCGAGUGGCGCUCGCCGGGCGGGGCCCAGGCAGCCCGGAGCGCAGGCAGCCCCGACCCCAGGCAGCCCCGACCCCAGGCAGCCCGGAGCGCAGGCAGCCCCGACCCCAGGCAGCCCGGAGCGCAGGCAGCCCCGACCCCAGGCAGCCCGGAGCGCAGGCAGCCCCGAUCGCAGCGCCCGCACCCCCUUGGCCGCCCGGACCAUGGCCGCCCCGGGCCCCGGCCCCCUCGCCCAGCUCUGGACCGCGGCGCUGCUCCUGCUGUGUCUGCAGCCCCUCUCCGGGAGGGCGGACGGGAAGCUCUUCGUGCUGGAGUCUCAGAAUGGCUCGCGGGGGCUGGACCUGGAGGCGGCCCGGCUGUCCUGCGGGAGCAGGGGCGCUCACCUGGCAUCUGCGGAGGAGCUGCGGAGGGUGGUGCGAGAGUGCGCCUCCGCCGUGUGCGCCGCGGGCUGGCUGGCCGACGGUACCCUGGGGACCACUGUGUGCAGCAAGGCGAGUGGUGAACAGCACACCAUGAAAGCUGUGGAUGUGAGAAUUGAGGGCAGCCCGGCUCCCGGGGGCACAUACAACGCCCUUUGUAUUAAGGAUGAAGAGAAGCCUUGCGGAGACCCGCCUUCGUUCCCACACACCAUCCUGCAGGGCCGCACAGGCCUGGAGAUGGGGGAUGAGCUGCUGUACGUGUGCGCCCCGGGCCACGUCACCGGCCACCGCGAGAGCGCCUUCACCUUGCUGUGCAACAGCUGCGGGGAGUGGUACGGCCUGGUGCAGGCCUGCGGGAAAGAUGAGGCUGAGGCACAUAUUGACUAUGAAGAUAAUUUCCCCGAUGACAGGUCUGUGUCAUUCCGAGAGCUCAUGGAGGAUUCCCGGACAGAGGCCAAGGAGGACAGGGGUCAAGGAGAAACCCCUGAGGAGGCCCCAAAACAGGACCGUCUGGUCAUUUCUUCGGGGAGAGACAACAUAGCCCAGGACACAGCCUUUGUGCCAACGACAGGCUUGCCCAGCACUGGGAGCAGCGUUCCCACAGACCUGCCAGGAUCGGUCCUGAAAGGGAAGUACCUGUUCUGGCUUCCUGCUGAGACCUUCCACAAGCUGGAGAAGGAGAUGGACGAUGACACCAAGAAGCAGCUUCCUGCUGGAGACAACCACAGUGGCAUAACGUUGGCCCCAGGUGAACCUGAAACCAAGGUGACCUAUAGCAGCACUGGUGGAGCCUCGGGGCCGUAUGUGGGCAGGAAUGAUAGCAAGGAAGGGGACCCAAUGGUGAGCAGCAGCGACGAGUCCUGGUUAGACGGCUACCCUGUGACCGAUGGGGCUUGGAGGAAGACGGAGGCCGAAGAGGAGGAAGUGGAAGAAGAUGGGGACAAGGGGGAUGGGUCGGUAGGGCUGGAAGAAGGUGCUCUAUUUACUUCGCAUCAGCCCGUUCUUGUGGAGGUUGGUAAGCCCCGGGGUACCACCCUCACCCCGAAUGACGACACGACCUACCGUUCAGCUCUUCCAUCUCAAACGCUAGAUGCAGACGCUUCUGCUCUCAGACCCACGAGUGUGUCUGAGACCGAGGGUCCCAGCGAGGGAGAGGGUGGCUUGGCCAGGGACCAGUCGACUGUCCCUUGGAGGUUUGCCACAGAGACGUCUCCUGCGGCCACCUUACCCUACGAACUCACCAGCUCUACCCUGGUGACAGCGACAACCACUGCUGUCCCAAAGACGCCCAACCACAUCCCCUCGACUACCGUGGCAGCCACCCAGGUUCCCAUGGAAACCACAGCUCCCGAGGUCCAGGAUAACUUCCCAUACCUGCUGUCAGAGGACUUCUUGGGCCAAGAAGGCCCUGGUCCAGGCGCAACGGAGGAGGAGCUUCUUUCCACCGUGGAGCCGUGCGUAGGAGACGAGUGUCCCAGCUUCAGCAGAGGACCCAUCAUCGCCACGAUCGUCACCGUGCUGUGCCUGCUGCUGCUCCUGGCAGGCGUGGCGGCCGUGUGGGGCUAUCGCAGGUGCCAGCACAAGAGCUCCGUGUACAAGCUGAACGUCGGCCAGCGGCAGGCUCGGCACUACCACCAGCAGAUUGAGAUGGAGAAGGUCUAGCCAUCUUCGGCGCGGGCUCUCCCAAGGCCACUUGGUAGGAAAACAAACCGUGACACAUCACAUUGGUAAACACUGACUGUGCACUAGAGCACGGAACAGGUGGACUAGGGCUUGCCUUUUGCUCUCAGGUCUUUGUUUUCUAGGCUGAGAAGUAUCUUGGAGGUACCUGGCCAGGACAGCUUUGAUGGUAUCAUCACACACACACACACAUACACACACACACACACACACACACACACACACACACACGUCGGUAUCUCCUCAGCCAUCUGCCCUGGAAUGAAUCGCACUCAUCCCCAGACCUGGGCCGGGGCCCCCAUUCCACCACGAGAUCAAAACUCACCUCUUGCUUCAUCAUACUAUUGCCUUCUUUCCAAGAAAUAAAAGGACUGCCUCCGUGACCUGAAAUGUUUGCAAUAGGCAUAAUAAACGGAGCAUUUGAGAGCAGUGUCAUUUAGGAUACAGAUAUUUAAGGGUUGGGAAUGGGGUCUAGAAGAAUAA